CCCGACCGCGCGAUAUCACCGGAACAGACAACGGGUGUGGUUGUCAAUGAUCAGGGGUCAACAUGCUGGACCAAUUAACAUGUCGGUCCGAAGAAUCGCGUCUGCAUGCUGUGGAGCCUUAAGUCCCUGAUAGCUCCUCUUUCCAGGUUGUUCCCCUUCCGUGUCGUGAAAGCUGGGGGGGACCCCGAUUUUUCCCCGAUCUCAACCCAAACCAAGACCUUCGAGACUUGUCUGCGAACGCCCGUUGACCUCGGCGGCCCCUUACAGAGUGGGCACAAAUACCCAAUGGUCAGAGUCUUGGAGCCAUCGCCUUCACAGGGCGAGAGUUCAUCGGGAACGGUAACCGUCAGUGGAGGUUGUGCGGCCUAUAUUGGACGAUGCGAACACUCAGGGUAUUAGCGGUCGGAUUGGGAAGCCGUUGAGCCGUUGCCCCGCAGUGACUGGUGGGACUGGGAACUGGGAAGUGGACACCCGUUCAACCCGGAUACUCGGAGAUAUUUCUAUACUUGCGAAGUACCACAAGUCAACUUUUCCAGUUCGGCCAUGGG